UCCUUCGCAAGAACCUGCAGUGCUGGAAUGAGAGUAAUGUGGCUGAUAAUGAAGUUACUGAGGAUUCAGAACAUGAUCUGUGGAACACAGGAACGCUGUGCAUCUGUGGCCGUGUGUGUCCUGGUGAUCAAUCUAAAGCCUGAAAUAGCUGCUGCAUUGGUGUCUGAGGUGUGCCAGCUGCUAAGGCUUUUAAAGAGGAUGGAUGAGGAAAUGUGCAACUUGAUAGUCCUGGGAGAACCAAGGCCCUGCCUGCCGGAGCUGAGGCUUUUCAGGAGGGCGCUUAAAGGAAAGUGCAGGUUUUCUGGAUGUUUUGCAAUGGGAACUUCCAGGACUUCAUGUGCUCAGCCCUGAGAAGCAUGUACUGCUCUUGCAUUUUCCGUAACAGCUGAAGAAUUGAAUUCAUCGACUUAACCUUGUUUCCUUUCUCCUGUUGCUGGCUCAUCCAGUAAGAAAUGUAAAUUAUUCCACUUGUCCAAACUUUUCUGUGCUAAUAAGGUCUGAAGACCAGCCAUGUACAAUAGUCUUGCAGUUUUAAUGCAAUGUGUAGCCAAGCGUGAUCAGUGAACUACUUGCGUUUUGUUAUACAGAGAUGUCAGUUGGCUGCUCGGGAUGGCACCUUCCAGCAGCUGGAGUCCCAUGGAGGCUGGGGCAGCCUUGUGCUUCCCUGUACUGCCUUAAGAGCUGGCACGGGUUAGGUUCUUCACCAUGGGAGCCCAAAGCGGGGUGGUAGGUGAUCUUGGAAGCCUUACGUACAGAAGCAAGAAACCAGUGUCUAGAAAAUUGCUGCUUACUUGCCUGGAAUGGGUGGAUUUGUACAGCCUUGUCUGGCAGCUGCCCUGAUCCUUUGGAGGCUUCUGGAGGAUUGUGGUAAAUGGUGCAUGGAAUAAAAGGUACACUGCAAAAGAAAAAAGUUCUCUGUCCCUGCCAGGCUAGAAAAAAAUUGAUAGUCUUAAUAGGGCCCAGCCUUACUCUUUUUCCUGUUGAGGAAAUGAGCAAAAUUUUUUCACCGUGAGGGUGACUGAGCACUGCCUACCAGUCCCCUACCUUAGAGAUAUUCAGAAACUGCCUGGACGUGGUCCUGAGCCACCUGCUCGAGCAGGGGGGCUGGACCAGAUGCCUCCAGAGGUCCUUGCCAACCUCAACCAUUCUGCGAUGCUGUGAAAAUGUAACUACCGUAAACCAAGUUAAAUUCCCAUUGACGUGUGGAUUGAAAAUGUGCCGGUCUGGAAAUGCCUCCUGCCUUGCUUGUGCUCCUGUCCAACUCCUCCUUGCUUUGCUGCAUGGAUACUGGGAAAUCUGUCUGUAUCCCGAGCCCCAGAGACCACGUGGCCCAUCUCCCGGCCUGGCACGCAUGGAAAUGCUGAGGACAGGGAAAGCGGCGGGGCAGGUGCAGCUCGGCAAGCGGAGGAUGGUCAGCAGGCAGAAGGGGGGUGCGUGAUCCUUUUUCCUGUUGUUCUUGUUUCUAUGCAUAGCAAAGUUUAUCCCUGCCUGAUGAACUCCUCCACAAUGGGAAAGGCUUGGAGGCAGUCUGCUUUGGAUCUCUGGAGUCUUCUGCCUAAUGCAUUUUCCCAGCUUCUGUAACGGCCUGGGCAGAGGAGCGUGGCUGGAAUGGGGCUUUGCUGAGGAGGUUUUGCAGCAGUGAAGACUUCAGGCUUUCCAUCUUCUGGUUCCUUUGAACAGAGAAGUUUCUAUGUCCCAACUUGCACCCUGGACGUGAUCAAGGACAGCUCUUGCAGUCACCCUUUGUUUCUGGCAUGGAUGAGCAUAAACACCCAAGCUGGGCGUACCCCAGUUUGCAGCAGUUCCCUUUGAAGUGCAAGGUGGGCAGCAGCCUGAAAUGAGAAGGGUCGCCUGCAUCAUGAUCACUUUCUACGAAGGCAAAUGCUUCACGGGCAGAAAGCUGGAGGUCUGCGGCAGCUGUGGCAGCUUCCAGGACCAAGGUUUCCUCAACCGAGUCAAUUCCAUCUGCGUCCAGAGCGGAGCUUGGGUCUGCUUCGACCACCCCGACUUCCGAGGGCAGCAGUACAUCCUGGAGCAUGGCGAGUACCCCGACUUCUAUCGCUGGAAUGGCCGCAGCGACCACCUGGGCUCCUGCCGGCCCGUCGGGAUGCAUGGCGAGCAUUACAGGAUCGAAAUAUUUGAGGGGAGCCAUUUUAGCGGUCCCAGCCUGGAGCUGACAGAAGAUUGCUCCUUCCUGCAAGGGCAAGGCUGGGACAAGACCUGCAUCAACGCCCUCAAAGUGUACGGCGACGGCGCGGUCCACCAGUUGUUGCAAGAUGCCGCAGAGCAGAGCAGGAAGAACCACCAUGUCCUGGUGGGCCAGCAACAGCCGGUGAACAUCCCUGUCCUACCACCAUGCAGUAUUUUCAAUGGCAUCAGGUAUUCCCAGCAGGCGGGAGUGAUUGGAAGGUGCAGAAAAUAGGAUUUGGAGCUCUUUUUGGGAGUCCUUGAGGGAAGGGUGGUGAGCUGAUGGAGAAAGAGGCCCAUGAUCGUCCAAAAAUACGGAGAGGUGCAUAUAAAAUGAAGGGAUGGGGUAGAAAAGGAAGCAAACCAUGCAUGUCUUGUGAGCAAGGCUGGGGUCAAUCUAGAGGAGGUUCUUAAUUAAGCUGAAGAACUGAGUGUGCUCUCUGACAGUGCACAUCAGGGUGUGAUGGGGGGAACACAUGGCUUCAGGGCAACCUGCCGUUAUACUCACGUGAGCUGCGGGCAACCUUCCCCAUGAGCUGCGAAGCGAGCUUCAAAGGAAAAGUCUUAGGAUGGCUUUGUAAUUCCAGAUUGGAUAUAAACUGGCUGCAAAAAGUGCUAAAGAAUGAACUUGUUUGUUUGCAGGAAAUGCUUGGAAUCCAAAUGUCUUGGCUGAGCACAUUGCAACAAUUCUGCAGAAGAGGGUUGUGCAAGCACAGACAACAGGGUAGAGAGGGGCACCAGGCAGGCAUGUGCUCAACAUGCUGGUUGUAUCAGUGCACACGUAGAAGGGACCCACAGCAGUCCCAGCUCGUGUCCUCUCAGAACCACAAAAUAAAUCCAAAUAUGUCAAGGAGUCUGUAAGGUGGCUCAACUAAAUACCCUAAGCUUUGGCUGCUUUUUUUUUUUUUUUUUUUUUUUUUUUAAAUAAUGCCCAUGGGUGGCUGGUUUUAUAAACAACUUUUUUUCCUAGACCUCCAGCUUUUUGGUCUGGGUCAAACUGAUCUGAAUUCACCAGCCAUUAUCUGACCCUGGAGGCCCAGCAGUCUUUGACCCAACCAGUACUUAAAGGACUUUCUUCCUGGAAAUCCCACAUACAGUAGGUCCCAACCCCGAUGUCACAGCUGAAUUCCUGGCAAGAGACAGACCACAGAAACCAAAUUAUUUGGAGGAUUGCAUUUGUGCUUUGCUGUCAUUGCUAAGCCAACAGAUGGGACAAGCAGCAGAGAUCCUAAUAAAAUCCUUUAAAAUAUUGGGAAGAGAACAAGGCAGAGAUGAUCAGUUCAGCAAUGAUGGGGUGGAAACUUGACUGUAAAACGAUCAGAGAAAUGGCAAAACUUUGUUAAAAAGCAUGGGAGACAGAGGAAAGAGGUGACACUUGUGGCCACGUUAAGAUCAUGACACAGUGUGCACUAAAGGGAUGAAGGGAGAGAAGAGCAGCAAAAACUGUCCCUCAACCAUCAGAAUUGCUCUUGACCUGAAGACCUUUGAAUGGAGAAAGACGUAGCUGAGCUAGGUGAACAAGUCAGGCAUACCAAAGUCACCAAGGUAGUUGAGUGUUGUAUCUGUUUGACUGUAUUCCAAGGGAAAGUUGCUGUUAACUCUGAAUGUAGAGAUGAAGUGAAGAUAACCGAGCCAACUUCUGCUUUCUGUUGGAAAACAUCAAAGAGAGGCCAUUGAGAAUUGCUAGUAAAGGGGAAAAUGAUAAAAUAUGGUUCCCAUGAUAGCUAAUGAGUCAGUUCAAAGAGGUAAAACAUCCUUAAAAUGUUGCACGUUUCUCCGUACAGUCUAAAAUGGGUUUAUCCAGGGGCUAAGGGGACUCAUGUCCUUUUUUAGCACUACUGAGUGCUAAAAAACCAUUUCUGUUGCACAUGGUGAAGCUCAGAGAGAUCCAUUCCUACAGGAAUGUGAAGUAGGGAGCCCCUGGUCCCAGGCUUCAUCGCUGGUGUAACCCAAAACAACUUCUAAACACAAGGUCCAAUCUGGCUGUGGAUAGUUGCUGGAAACGGGAGAAGCACCAGCAGUUAACUCCACCCAGGGCAUUUCUGUGUGCAGGAUGGGACCGGGACUGUAGAGGGACCAUUGGACCCUGACAGUCUGCAGUAGUGCAGUGCCUAAAUGCAGCCACUGAAUGUGGGCACGAGGCCACCUUGUGUGACCACAUUGCUGGGACCCAAGUAACCCUCCCUUUCUGCUCAGGUGGGUGCUGUACGAGGAGCCCAACUACCGAGGCCGUAUGUACGUGGUGGAGCGGGGUGAGUUCACCAGCUUCAAUGCAUGGCAGGCGCGCAACGCGAGUGUCCAGUCCAUCAGAAGAGUCGUCAACUACUUCUAGCUGAGCUUUCAUGCUACCAGCGAUGGCCUGAUGAGACCAGGCAUCACCCUCCUUCCCACUCACCGACCAUGGAAUAAAUCAUUAAACACCA